CGAUGCAACGUCUGGAAACCUAACAACGAUUACGCAUGUAUGAGAAGAUCCCACCGGUGAAAAGAUGUCGAGCACGAAGGACGUUCUAGUAAAGCUGUGCAUUCUGCUGCUCCUUUAUGAUCAUGCUACGUGUCUGAUCAUUCCGGAAGAGCUGCCGACGAUACUUUCGCUGAUCUACUCCAAUAUACCACCGAUAAAAAAAGGCACCGAUUCGAGAGUCGGCGUGGGUUUCCGACUCGGCGAACACGCAGAUUUCCAGGUACUGGUGGAGCUUGGCCCGCAAACUGAAACCAACCCGAUCGGAAAUGCUGACUCAAAGAGACGUCGAGAUGCAAUGUUCAGCGCCGCGAUGAGAGGUGAGCUCGGACCAUUGGCUCAGGCGGUUGCAAAAUAUCAAAUUGAACGGAAGUUGCAGAGAGAAUUGGAAAAGUUGAAGAAGACGGAGGAGAAGCUGAAAGCGACCGCCACUGAAGAAACUCAAGGAAAAAAGACUAUAGCCAACGAGUGGUUAUCUAAAUGGAGCAAGGGAAUGGUAAAGUCCUCCGAAGACGAGGCAUCGACAGAAGAGAUCUCUAAUGAAAAAGGUUUCUCGAAUUCUUCACAAAAUAACACUGUACAAAGGAUAGGGCGACCUCUCCCAGGGAGUGGUGGUAAGGGUACAAUCUCGGAUCUAACGAAAUUGUACAAACAACAAAGUGACAAGAAGAACGAGUAA